AUGGGGAAGGCGGUGAACACUUGUCUGGCGAGCGGCAGAUACGCUGUGUGGUGCGCGGCCGUCGUCAGGUACGGCCAACCCGAGGCAGGCCCCGACGAUCCGGCUGGGCCAUCUUCGAUGAUGGACCCUGCAUUUCCCAUCAUCAACAACAUUCCCAUCCAUGGUCCCGAACCAGCAUCCCACAUUCUCACCAUGGCAGGCUCCACAGAUGAUGCGGCAUGGACUAUGGAAAAGUUAUCGAUACCAAGCUACCAAAUCUUCGUUCGCUACAUCUGUUUCGCAUGUGCUGGCAUCGGCCUUCUCUUCAUCCUCCCGUUCCUCUUCCUGAUCGUUCUCGACAUUGUGCUCUGGAUAUUGCGGACUUGCUUCAAUAGCAAAAGGCACAGGCCGAAGGAAUACCAAUCCGACGAAAGACUUCCAGAUGGAGCCAUAACCACGGCUGUCGACGACAGCAAAAGACACCAUCGGUCGAACAUGCACUGA